CCUUCUUUGUUGUGAUCCCCGUUAAAAAAUAUCUGACAACUUUGAGAUCUUUGAGGAUUUCUUCAUAUUUUACAGUCUUAACUUGUAACCUUCUACCUAAGCUUUAAGAAGAUGAGCAAGACUACCUCUCAAAGCAAGAUUCCAAUACUCAAUUUACUGAUAUUUUAUCUCAUCAAUGUUAACAAUGCCAAGGACAGAACAGGCAGCCCAACUCGUUUCUACACCAAAAACCUCGAAGAGAUUUACAGCAAGAAUACCGUGACUGGAAGCAGGCCUGGUCGAAUCAUGGCUUCUGUAGGAAACGGUUUCGUUGGGACUAUAAUUUACACCGAUACAAUACACGUAGCUGGUAUUUACAAUGGCAAAGCUGUCUCUAAACAGUGGCCGAUAUAUCCGUUGUAUUUCUACGAGCAUACACAUAGAGCUCGGAUACCCUCGACUUGCGCGAUUAAUUUUACCGUGGUCGACAGAAGUGGAGAAAAUUCGUACGCUUUGGACGUGUCCGAAGGGGUAUUUUAUCGUUGGUUUGAGAGCGAUGAUAAAAGCAUUACAGUCGAACAAAGAAUUUAUGCUCAUCGGUCACGCAAGCAUUUGAUCGUUGUGGAACUUUCUGUCACGAAAUCUCUUGGUGAGAAUGUCACGCUGAGUCUGUCAAAUAACAAAGGACUGCCAUCGAGGGAUAUUAAUUUUAAGGAGUAUUCUCCCAAACCUGGGGUUAUGUUUGGCGUGGGUGAGGUGAGGAAACCAGAGGAUACUCGUGGAUUCAAAGCCAAAGUUGGAGUGGCGUGGACGGAGAUCCCCUCGUCACUAACAAUUGCCGCCAAAGUUAAGAAUAAGACUUGGUACUUCGUCACGGCGAUAACCAGCAGCAUUAGCUAUGGAAAAGAUGUCGUUGUUAAUGAAACGCUAGCACAAUGGGAAGACGCUAACAGAGAUAAGAAAAGCUUGCUUAAAAGCCACAAGGAAGCUUGGAAAAGGUUAUGGGAUACGGGCAAGAUAGAUAUCGAAGGCCACCUGGAGUUAUCCCAGGCUGUUUAUGGCAGUAUGUACUACAUCCUCAGCUCAACCCGGGCUGACUGGCCGUACGGGUUAAGCCCCGGUGGUCUCCCGGGCGGGGAAGAGUACAUGGGGCAUACAUUUUGGGACCAGGAUAUCUGGAUGUAUCCAUUCUUGGUAUUGCUUCACCCGGAUCUGGCGAGAGGUUGUUUAGAGUACAGAUACCAGAGAUUGCCCGCUGCUCGGAUACUGGCUGAGAAGUAUGGAUUCAACGGUGCAAUGUUUCCAUGGGAAAGCUCCCUCAGCGGUAUGGAAACCUCUCCAGGCGACUACUACGGAGAAAGUCAAAUCCACAUAUCAGGAGACAUCGCGCACGCAGCAAAGCUCUACUGGAGGGCAACCCAAGAUUACCAAUGGCUGAAGAAGAUCGGGUACCAACUGGUUAAACAGACCGCAGACUUCUGGGCAAGCAGGGUGUAUUAUAAAAGAAAGGACGAGAAGUAUUACAUACAUUUCGUGAUGCCGCCAGAUGAGUACCAGUUUCCUGUUGAUAACAGUAUCUAUACGAAUGUGGUGGCGAAACAGAACCUGGAGUUUGCUGUCAAGAUAUCUAAUCUACUUGGUCGAUACGUACCUACUCGCUGGAACAAGAUUGCCGAACAGAUGUACAUCCCCUUUGACAAGAAGCUCAAAUAUCAUCCUGAGUUUGAUGGCUACGAUCUCAACAUGACUGUAAAACAAGCAGACACGAUUCUUAUUGGAUUUCCGUUGAUGUACGACAUGGACAAGCAGGUCCGCUACAAUGAUCUUCGUUUUUACUCUGAAAUAACGACGAAGCAUGGUCCUGCUAUGACUCACGCCAUGCAUGCUAUUGGCUGGUUAGAACUGGGUAUGGAAAGGAAGGCACACAGGGAAUUUAGGAAAAAUUAUGACAACAUCGUAGGGCCAUUUAAGGUCUGGACAGAACAGAUUAACAAACGAGGAGCUGUCAACUUUAUAACCGGUGCGGGUGGAUUCCUACAGGCUGUCAUAUACGGCUACGGUGGUUUCCGUCUCAGAGAAAAUCGAUUAGACUUCUACCCGACUCUCCCGCGCGGCUGUACGAAGCUAACAAUACGAGGUGUCCAUUACAUGGGUAACAAACUAGAGUUUACCAUCAAGAAAAAGAUGUUUGGAGUACGUUUAAUAAGCAAGGGACCCAUUUCUCCACGCCUCGAGGUGGUCAUGAUUUAUAAACGAAAGAAUAGAUAUACGUUAAGGUUAGGAGAAAUGCUGUACUUGCAUAGAGGUCGUGGAUUUUUACGAAUACCAAGACACGAUAGGUAGAAGUACAUUAUUCAUUUAGUUAUACUGGGGUCUCUGUGACGGGAGAGCCGAGGGGGAAACAGUAUGAGUUCCAAUUUGUAUUGUAAAAUAAAAUGAUUGUUCAAUAAACUUUUCACUGUAUUGCA